AUGUCGAAACGAGGCGUGGAUGUGAUAGAGGAUCCGUCCGCACCCUUGAAGGCUGGCGAACGCCCCGUUGCUGAUGCCCCGCCUGAUGAAGUGGGGGAAUUCGAAGACGAGUUUGAGGAUGAGUUCGAGAGCGAAGAUGAGAUCCUCGAGGCUGGGGUUGACGGGCGUCCAGAUGCAGAAAGGGAGGCAGAGGAGCAAAGGGAUGCCAUGGAUGUCGAUAAGCAGACUUUUAUACCAGGUCGAACAAAACUAGCACCCGGGGAGACAUUAUCUCCAGACCCUUCUACUUAUGAAAUGCUCCACACACUCAGCACACCGUGGCCGUGCCUGUCAUUCGAUAUAGUGAAAGAUGGACUGGGCGAUAAGCGGAAAACAUAUCCGGCCACGGUAUAUGCUGUAGCUGGAACGCAAGCGGAUAGGUCUCGUUUGAAGGACAACGAAUUGAUGGUUCUCAAAUUGAGUGGACUUAGCAAGAUGGAGCGGGAUAACGACUCGGGGAGCGAUGACGAGUCCGACGACGAAUCUUCAGAGCCCAUCCUCGAAUCAAAAUCCAUUCCCCUGAGCUGUACAACAAACAGAAUCCGCACUCAUCAGACACCGUCUUCCUCCGGAGACUACUCCAAACCACCUCAGACCAUCACUGCAUCCAUGCUUGAAAAUUCUCAGGUUGUGAUCCACGACGUCACCCCCUUUCUUUCCACAUUUGAUAACCCUGGCUCAAUCCUCCCCCCUUCUUCCUCGAAACCUCUGUCUACUCUGCGAAUGCACAAAUCAGAGGGAUAUGCCGUAGACUGGUCCCCUCUGCACCCCUUGGGUAAACUGCUGACUGGCGAUAACGACGGGUUAAUAUACACCACUACUCGUACUGAGGGAGGCGGCUGGGUGACAGACACACGUCCAUUCGUCGGGCAUACUUCCUCUGUCGAAGAACUGCAAUGGUCUCCAAACGAACGCAAUGUUUUCGCAUCCGCAAGCAGCGACGGAAGCGUCAAGUGGGGGGUGUGGGACUUGCGACACUGGAAACCUAAUACAUCCGGCGGUGCUUCGCUGCUUAAACCGAAGCCUGUUGCCUCUUUUGACUUCCACAAAGAGCCUGUCACAAGCAUAGAAUGGCAUCCGACAGAUGACAGUGUUAUUGCCGUUGCGUGUGCGGAUAAUACGCUGACACUGUGGGAUCUAGCUGUGGAACUCGACGAUGAAGAGAGCCGCGAUGCUGGAUUUGCUGAUGUGCCGCCUCAGCUUCUCUUUGUGCAUUAUAUGGAGUCAGUGAAGGAGCUGCAUUGGCAGGCGCAAAUGCCCGGGACUAUUAUGGCCACUGGAAGUGGUGGAUUUGGGCUUUGGAAGGGGCUGGGUUUAUACGAUACGGAGCUAGGCACAAUAAAAAUCGCAUAUAUUAAUGGUCAUAAAUUAUUCCCUAUUGUGUUUAUUCCUGUAAAUUUCUUAUCGCGGGAGUAA